CACACCUAUGGGAAAUGUCAGGAGAAGCAGCAGGACUGUGAGCAGAGAGCCCAUCUCCCGUGCCCGGCACUUUGUCUGUGGAAAUAUGACCCAGUGCCCCCUGCAGGAGUUUCCCUAAGGAAGGAGCCGCUGCCCGCUAGUUACUGUGCGCUCACCUGAUAAAUCACAAUGUCGGAGGAGAGACUUCCUGCGCUGUGCCUUGUACUGUCGUUGUUCGUGUUUGUGGAACCCUACGGUGCUCACAUAAAACCAACGUGGCCUAAUUACAAAGUUCCGGUUAUUCUGCCGCAGUCCAUAUCUGCACUGGAUAAAGCACAAUUUGAAGCAGAUCCCAGACUGAACGUGACGUCUUCGUGUGGGGCAGAAUGUCAUAAACACUCGCCCAUGCCAACAUAUGAGGAGUUGAGAGACUAUAUGGCAUACGAGACCCUCUAUUCCAACGGGAGUCGAACUAUGACCGACGUUGGCCUUUAUGUGCUCAGCAGCAGUGGAGGGGAAGGCCGGUCACGCACAAAGAGGCAGAUAUACGGCCAUGACAGUCGUUUUAGCAUAUAUGGCAAGGACUUUUUGCUGAAUUAUCCAUUUUCAACGUCCGUAAAAUUAUCCACCGGCUGCACUGGCACUUUGGUGGCAGAAAAACAUGUUCUAACCGCAGCUCAUUGCAUCCACGAUGGUAAAAAUUACGUCAAAGGUGCCCAAAAGCUGAAGGUUGGCUUCCUAAAACCAAGGUAUAAAGAUGGAGGGAAAGGCCUGAAUCAGACCAAUCCCAGAAUUCCGGAAAAGAUGAAGUUCCAGUGGAUCCGGGUAAAGAGGACCCAUGUUCCCAAAGGCUGGAUAAAAGGAAACGCCAACGAUAUCGGAAUGGACUAUGACUAUGCUUUGCUUGAACUUAAGAAACCUCACAAGAGAAAAUUCAUGAUGAUUGGCGUCAGCCCUUCCGGGCGCCAGUUACCCAGUGGAAGGAUCCACUUCUCCGGCUACGACAACGACAGGCCUGGCCACCUGGUCUACAGGUUUUGUGAAGUCACCGACGAAACCUACGACCUUCUCUACCAACAAUGCGACGCUCAACCAGGCGCCAGUGGCUCUGGGGUGUACGUGAGAAUGUGGAAGAGGCAGAAGCAAAAAUGGGAAAGGAAGAUCAUCGGGAUAUUUUCUGGCCACCAGUGGGUUGACAAAGACGGGGACAAACAAGAUUUCAAUGUGGCUGUGCGCAUCACGCCCCUGAAAUAUGCCCAGAUCUGUUUCUGGAUUACAGGAAACUACGCUGAUUGUAGGGACGGAUAACCCCGCCUCCUUCCAAACCAGUGAUGCACUUAAACGUCUUACGAAUUUUACAAAAGCAAAACCAAAACUUUUGAGAUUAAUGUUUGUAUUUAAAAGUCCGAAGCUAAUGCUGCGAAACCGCGUAUUCACUAAAGAGCAUGAGGAAUCAAGGAGAAGUGAGACAAGGAGAUGCAUUGGUUAUUUGUCUCCACCUACUGCUCUGUUUCACAGUACUGAUCCAUUGAAAGAGCCUCUUGAUGGAAUGUAUUAACUAGCACACAUAUAUAGUUUUUUAAUUUAUGUCUAUUUUGUGGUCCUGCGGUGCAGUUUUACGGAUUCUCGAGCUGAAAUGAAAUACCCAAACUAUGGCCGAUACCUCCUCCCUUCCUUGUAAUGCAAAUUAUUCCACGUUAAAGAGUUACUGAAUAGCC